GUUGAGAGGGUGUGUUGCUUUAUUAUGAGUGGUGUUUUUCUAAGGCCGUGUAGGAGCUAGACGAGGGGAGGACCCAUGAAGCCUGCUGACCGGGAAAAGAGAGGGAGAAAAAGUUGUGAGAAGUUUUCUGACUCGGAGGUGAAAACUCGUUCACACUGACGGUUAGAGGCAGCAGCUUGGACGGGGAAGAUGGCGCGGCGCUGCGGCCGUGCCACGUCUCGAUUUACCGGAAAACUACAAAUAUAUCCCAGAAAAAUAGCAACGUCUGCAGUUUGGUUAUGUUUUUGUCUUCUUUUUCCUUCUGCCGCGGAGGCUGGACUGUACUCCUCUUCUGACCAGGUCGUCUUGUUAACUCCGGAGAAUGCGGAGUCGGUUUUAAUAAACUCAACAGCUGCUAUGGUUGUGGAGUUUUAUGCUUCAUGGUGCGGACACUGUAUCGCCUUUUCUCCGGUUUACAAAAACCUGGCUAGAGACAUUAAAGAGUGGAAGCCAGCUGUGGACCUGGCAGCUAUAGACUGUGCUGCAGUGGAGAACAGCAAGGUCUGUGCUGGCUUCAGCAUCACAGGGUAUCCUACGAUAAAGUUCUUCCACGCUUACUCCACAGCUGAGUCUAACGGACAGGCUUUCACAGCUUUCCCCCGUGAUGUUCGGGGGCUCCGUCACAAGAUCAUAGACCGACUAGAAACCCAUGAAGAGCCCUGGCCCCCCGCCUGCCCCCCACUGGAACCCACCAGCCAAGCGGAGAUCGAUAGCUUCUUUGAGACCAACACCGUUCAACACCUGGCUCUGAUCUUUGAGAAUGCGAAUUCCUACAUCGGCAGAGAGGUAACCCUGGACCUGUUACAGUUUGAGAACGUUGCUGUGCGGAGAGUUCUGAGCACUGAGGAAGUUCUGGUAACCAAACUGGGAGUGACUGAGUUUCCAUCCUGCUACCUUUACUAUCCUGGAGGCAACUUCACCAGACUCAAAGUCACAAUCGAGGCUCGUACUUUCUACUCUUACGCCCUCCAGAGGCUGCCGGGGGUGGUGCGAUCAGGGAAGCCUCCACCGGUUGCCCCAGACGCCCACAACAACCGCAAUGAGGAGCCCUGGAGACCCUUCAACAGGUCCAGGGUUUAUAUGGCAGACCUGGAGUCAACGCUGCACUACUCUCUGCGUGUGGAGGUGGCUGCUCAUUCUGUGAUCAAAGGAGAAGGCCUUGUUUCUCUCAAGAAUUAUGUCUCUGUCCUGGCAAAGCACUUUCCAGGGCGUCCAAUGGUGAUGAACCUUUUGAAGUCUGUAAACUCUUGGCUGCAGAACCAGACUGGAGAGAUUUCCUACGAGGCAUUCAGAGAGAAACUAGAUAACUCAGCACAGUCUCCAGACACUGCUUUGCCUGAAGGAGUGAGGUGGGUGGGCUGUCAGGGUUCAGAACCCCACCUGAGACGUUACCCUUGCGGGAUGUGGAUUCUCUUCCAUGUUCUCACCGUCCAGGCCAAGAGCUCUGCAGGCACAGAUCCCCCUCCAGAACCCCAGGAGGUGCUGGGUGCAAUGAGAAGCUAUGUCCGCAGCUUCUUUGGCUGCAGGUACUGUGCUGAGCACUUUGAGAACAUGGCAAAGGAGAGUCUGAUGGAGGUGAACACAUUGACGUCAGCGGUCCUGUGGCUUUGGUCCAGACACAAUCGCGUCAACAACAGGCUGGCAGGUGAUUUGAGUGAAGACCCCAACUUCCCGAAGAUCCAGUGGCCUCCACCAGAAAUGUGUUCAGCCUGCCAUACGGUGAAGGACAAUGGGGAGCACAAGUGGAACAAUGAGCAGGUUCUCCCCUUCCUCCUGUCCUUCUUCUCAUCCAACAAUAUCCUCACAGACUACCUUGAAGAUGAAAAACAGAUCCUGGCAAAACAGAGGGAAAAACAAGUUUUAGAGGCUCAGAAACGUGUAGAGAGGAAAGCCAGGGAGGCCUUGGGCUCCAUGACACAUCUACCACCCACUGUGCAAGAUGAGGAGCAAGAGGAGGAGGAGGAGGAGGAAGCAGUUGCAGAUGAAGAGGAGGAAGGUGGGGAAGAAGCAGCAGCAGCAGGUGAGAUGGAGGGUAAAACGCCUGAGCAGACCCGCCAGGCCAAACCUGUAAUGGAGGUGGGCCGAGGCCGGCGGCAGGCCCACAGGAAGCCGAGCAUUGUGGGGAUGAGGAUGCGAGAGCUGCAGGAGGACAUCGUGGAUCUCGAUUCAUUUGUUAACGAGCACUACAAGGCCAAGGCGCUGCGGGUGGCUGCCUCCAGCCGGGUCAAACGACGCACCCUGCAGAGGAAGGUGGAGCAGGAGCCCGGGCCUGUGUUUGGGCUCGGCAUAGAGCUGGACGCAGGGCUCGGGAUGGUGGGCCUGCAGCCUAUAGAACCGGACUUUGAGUUGGAUGUGGGGCAGCAGAGAAAGCGGCUGCAGAAGCGAGAACUGACAGGCCAGUACUUUGUUGAGGAGGCAGAGUUGAACCACAGGGGACGCUGGAUGUCUGUGCUGAGCAUAGGAUUCUCCAAAGUGGACAUCAGCCUGUGUGUCAUUCUUUAUUCCCUGUCCGCCAUGUGUCUUCUGGCCAUGUACCUUUUCUUCAAAAACCGCCUCAGGCUACGGCGGGCUAAAGUAGCCCUACCCUGAACCAAAGUGUAUCCAAAUUUGACCUGAGUAAGCAAUGAUUAAUGUUCAUUAGGUUCAUGUAGGCUAAUGUUGGGGUUAAGGUAAGGGGAUGUGUCAAGAUUAGUGACAUCUUAGGUGGUCCACUUAACUGUUACCUACAGCCGAAUGUAGGCGACAGAGUGUUUAACCCUGAAUGUCGUGGAUGUGUUAUGUCUAACUGGAAAGGAGGAGAAGGGGAAAUUAGCAGAUUACCUUCUAAAUUUUUGAAAAUCGGGUCCGUAAUUCAUUUGAUCUGGCAGUUUGGGGUUUGUGCCUGAGUUCAGGAUAAUCAGUUGCGCUUUUAUUCAGUUUGACCACUUAUGAAGGAUGAAACCUAAUAUGAAAUGAAUGGAUUUUUCAAAUAUUUGUAUGAAGUAAGUGCAACUAAUAUUGGGGGGUUGUACUAAGUGAUUUUUGCUGCUUUACUGACGUCAUGGUCAUUUGUUUUUAAUAUCUCACAGUAGGGCAAAGACCUCGUACACUACAUCCCUGUGUACUAUGACCCAACAAAUGAAUAUCAGUCACAAUUUUUAUAUAUUCACAAGUAAAAAUAUUUGAAUCAGUUGAACUUAAUAUUCAAAUAGGUGGUUCUCCGGUGAUUUUUUAAAAAUUUCUACUGCAUCUUAAAUUACAGAUGAUCUGUUUUUUUCCGUCCAAAAUCACUGAGAGUUUUGUGUUUGUCAAGUCUUACAUUUCUGCAUUUCAUUUAAUAAUCAGAUGGAAGUCCCAGGCCUACAACAAACUGUAAAAACCCACAAAGCAUUUUAAGGGCUGAAUACAGUGAGUGGACCAGCAGGUCCACACUAACUUUCACCAGAGAAGGGCAGAUCAGCCCUUUGUUCUUCAGCUCCUUUGAGGUGGCUUACUGUACAUUACACUCAGCGUUAUGUCAUGUCUUUUACAUCACACUGCUGAGUCCACAUAACAGCUACUGUGGUUGUUUGUGAAGUGUUGUAGAGCGACGCAUAUGUUCACACUGGACAAGGUUUUAGAAUAAGCAGGAUUUGUUUUUGGCUUGUGUCCACGAUGUAAAGCUUUGGCUGGUCAUCUCAAAAACACUGUGUUUUUCUGUUUGCUUCUUUGCUUCUGUCUGAAUCAAUAAAAUUAUUUUUGAUAAGGA